GGGCCCGAGCACAGUGCCGUCCGCGCUCCAGCUGCAGGCCGCCGCUGUGCUGCGUUUAGUGGGAGCGCUGCUAAAAGAGAAGCAGGACAAUAGCAGACAAAAGGUCCCCGUGCAGGACGGAGGACGCAACGGAUCUUUUCUUGUCAGGACUUUGUGGAGAUCUUUUUGGGAGGAAAAGCUGCAGCUCUGUCUCCGUGCAUGUCCCAUCCGGAGGAGUAUAAACCCGGAGCGGAGGGUCGCACCGACUACCACUGAGCCCCGACAGCCGCCAGGCAGCAGCCCGCCGCCAGCAUGAGCCUCACACGGAGCCCCGUCCUCCUCCCCGCUGCCUUCAGCCUGCAGCUCCUGCUGCUCUCUGCCCGCAUCCAGGUUUCUUCAGCUUCGGGAUUCUUUGAGCUUCAGAUUUUGUCGAUGCAGAACGUUAACGGGCAGCUGCAGACCGGCGCCUGCUGCGACGGGUCCCGGGACGCGACGGAUCAGCGCUGCGCCGCGGACGAAUGCGACACCUACUUCCGGAUGUGUCUGAAGGAGUACCAGCUGAAGGUUUCCUCGGCCGGACCCUGCAGCUUCGGCAUCGCCGCCACGCCCGUGCUCGGCGGGAAUACCUUUUCUUUGCGCAACGCCAAGAGCGACAGAGCCAGGAUCGAGUUGCCGUUCAGCUUCGCGUGGCCGAGGUCGUACACGUUGAUUGUGGAAGCCUUGGACUUCAACAACGACUCUUCCUCCGGCAGCGUCGGCGGGGAGGUGAUCGAGAAAGCCGUCCACUCGGGGAUGAUCAACCCGAGCCGGCAGUGGCAGAGCCUGAAGCACAACGGCCCCGUGGCUCAGUUCCACUACCAGGUCCGCCUCAGCUGCGACGAGCACUACUACGGCUUCGGCUGCAACAAGUUCUGCCGCCCGCGAGACGAAUUCUUCGGCCACUAUGAAUGCGACCACAAUGGCAACAAGACGUGCCUGGAGGGCUGGUCCGGUCCAGACUGCAACACUGCGAUCUGCAGACAGGGCUGCAGUGCAGAACACGGAAUCUGUAAAGUUCCUGGAGAGUGCAAGUGUCUGUAUGGCUGGCAGGGGGAGUACUGCGAUCAGUGCAUCCCUCAUCCCGGCUGUGUUCACGGCAGCUGUGUGGAGCCCUGGCAGUGUCUCUGUGACACCAACUAUGGUGGACAGCUGUGUGACAAAGAUCUGAACACGUGUGCGACGCUGCAGCCGUGUUUGAACGGAGGAACCUGCAGCAACACGGGACCAGACAAAUACCACUGCUCCUGUCCCGACGGCUACUCCGGGGUCAACUGUCAGAGAGCGGACCACGCCUGUCUGUCCAACCCCUGUCUCAAUAGAGGAAGCUGUGUGGAAACCAGUCAGGGUUUUGAGUGUCGCUGUGUCCCCGGAUGGACCGGACCCUCCUGCUCCAUCAAUGUGGACGAGUGUCUGGUGAACCCCUGCAGCCAUGGGGGAACCUGUCAGGACCUGCUUAAUGGUUUCAAGUGUACCUGUCCUCCUCAGUGGACUGGAAAGACCUGCCUCAUCGAUGCCAACGAGUGUGACGACAACCCCUGCGUCAACGCCAACUCCUGCCGAAACCUGAUUGGAGGAUACUUCUGCGAGUGCCUCCCAGGCUGGACGGGCCAGAACUGUGACACCAAUAUCAACGACUGUCGAGGCCAGUGUCAGAACGGAGCUACCUGCAAGGACCUGGUGAACGGUUAUAAGUGUGUGUGUGCUCUGGGCUUCGGCGGUGAACGCUGUGAGAAAGACGUGGACGAGUGCUCCAGCGGGCCGUGCCUCAACGGCGGCCGUUGCCAUGACGAAGUUAACGGCUUCCGCUGCCUGUGUCCACCUGGUUUCUCCGGAAGUCGCUGUCAGCUGGAUAUCGAUUACUGCCUCCACAGUCCGUGUCAGAACGGCGGCCGGUGUUUCAACCUGGUGGCCGACUACGUCUGCGAGUGUCCCGAAGACUACGAGGGCAAGAACUGCUCGCGGCUGAAGGACCACUGCCGCACCACGCCCUGCAAAGUGAUUGACAGCUGCACAGUGGCGGUGGCGUCCAAUAGCACACCGGGCGGGGUGCGUCUGAUUUCGUCCAACGUGUGCGGCCCCCACGGGCGGUGUCGGAGUCACGCCGGCGGACAGUUCAGCUGCGAGUGUGAGGAGGGAUUCACCGGGACGUACUGCCACGAGAAUAUAAAUGACUGUGAGAGCGCCCCCUGUCUGAACGGAGGAACCUGUAUUGAUAAAGUCAGUCAGUAUCAGUGUAUCUGUGCUGACGGCUGGGACGGCCCCACCUGCCACAACAACAUCGAUGACUGCAGCUCUGCUCCCUGUCAGAACCGCGGCGUCUGUCAAGAUCUGGUCAACGAUUUCUACUGUGAGUGUAACAACGGCUGGAAGGGCAAGACCUGCCACUCAAGAGAGAGUCAGUGUGACGAGGCGACCUGUAACAACGGAGGAACCUGCUACGACGAAGGCGACACCUUCAAGUGUCUGUGUGCUGCAGGCUGGGAGGGGGCCACCUGUAACAUCGCGAAGAACAGCAGCUGUCUGCCGAGUCCCUGCGAGAACGGAGGGACCUGUGUGGUGGACGGAGACUCGUUCAGCUGCGUUUGUAAGGAGGGCUGGGAGGGCGCCACCUGCAGCCACAAUGCCAACGACUGCAGUCCUCAUCCCUGUUAUAACAGUGGGACCUGCGUCGAUGGAGACAACUGGUAUCGAUGUGAAUGUGCUCCGGGGUUCGCCGGCCCCGACUGCAGGAUCAACAUCAAUGAGUGCCAGUCGUCGCCCUGCUCCUUCGGCUCCACCUGUGUGGAUGAAAUCAACGGUUACCGCUGCAUCUGUCCACCAGGGAGAACCGGCCCCCGCUGCCAAGACGCGUCGGGGAGGCCCUGUGUGGUCGGAGGGCUGGUGGCUCUGGAUGGAAGCAGAUGGGACGAAGACUGCAACACCUGCCGCUGUCACAACGGCAGAAUCGGCUGCACAAAGCUUUGGUGCGGACCUAAACCUUGCAGCCUCCACAGUAAGGCUCGCGGCUCGGAGUGUCCCGCCGGUCAGACCUGCGUCGCCGUCCGGGACGAGCGCUGCUUCGUCAAGCCCUGCCCCAGCCAGGGGGAGUGCUGGAGCCCCGCCCACCGGGCCCCGCCCACAGCCAGGUGUCACACAGAAACCAGCUGUGCCAACGUCACCUUCACCUUCAACAAGGACAUCAUGGCAAAGGGUGUGACGGUGGAGCAGGUUUGUCGCGAGCUCAGGAGCCUCUACGUCGUCAAGAAUCUGUCCUCCGACUCCUCCGUCUCCGUGACCUGCGAGCCGUCGCUCAGCACCAACAACGAGAUCCACGUAGCCAUCUCAACAGAGGACCAGAGGAAAGGUAUGACCUUCGUCAAGGAAAUCACAGACAGGAUCAUGGAUCUGGUAAGCAAGAGGAGCGGCAACAGCACCAUCAUCAGCGCCAUCGCCGAGGUCCGCAUCCAGAGACGACAGAGCCACAACCCCAACGCAGACCACCUUGUGCCCCUGCUGGUUUCCGCGGUGAUUGUUGUCUGGGCGUUGGCGAUCGCCUCGAUGUUGCUGUGGUGCGUGAGGAGGCGGAGGAAGCGGAGCGCCCACACUGGGGUCAGCACACAGGCGGCGACGCCGCCGCCGCCGCCGCCGCCGUCGUCUUUGGCACCUGCAGCCGAGGACAACAACGCGCUCCACAACAGCGUCAGCACCGCCCGCGAGCAGCUCAACCACAUCAAGAAUCCCAUUGAGAAAAACACACCGAACCACCACCACCAUCAACACCACCUCCUCCUCCAUCACCACCUCUGCGAGGACAAGAACUCUGUCAACGCCAAGGGCAGGAAGUCAGACACUGGGAGCCAAUCAGACGAGGACGAGAUGGACAAGAGGCUGCAGAAGGCGAGGUUCCCCCGGGCACCACCGGCGUACUCGCUGGUAGACUGGGAGGAACAACCCCCCCACCAUACGACGGGCAAACCCCCACACUGGACUAGCAAACAGGACAACAGGCAACUGCAGUCACAGAGUGUAAACAGGAUGGAAUAUAUUGUAUAACCAACGGGGCUCAAAAUGACUGGAUGGUCCUCGGAGAUCAGAACCCCACCCAGUGGUGGAAGACUUUCUGUAGUCCAUUUGUAGUCUCUCUUUUUUUUUUUUUUGUUUAGAAUUGAAUUCACGAUUGAUUUUUGCUGUUUAAUUUAUGUUUUGACUGACACUGGUCUGAACGGUCCACUGCGGUUGGCUGGAUCUCCGAUGUUGUGGACACCUUUUGUAAACGACAGAAUUUGGACGUGCGGGAGCAUUCCUGAGUCGCCUCACGUGCACGAUUUUGUAUCUUUCCUUCCAGAAUGAGUUUUGUAUUUGAAAGUGCUGCCGGGUUGUUUCACCACAGCACCGACGAAUUUGGGGGAAAAAAAAAUAUUUAUUUAGUUUUUUGGGGGGAAAUUUCAGCCAAUAUAAAGAAUGGUCCAUGUAGAAUGUUUCUGUAUAGAUGUGUAAAUAAUGUUUUAAUUAAUCAUUGUGUAUAUUUGAUUUAUUAACUUAAUCGUGUUAAGAUAUUUCUUUUUUAUUUAUAAGUAUUGUUUAGAGAUGAAGGUUAGACAGCUUUGUAAGCUUACGACUUCUUGAUGGAAAUUUCUUUUUAUAUAUAUAUAUUUUUCGUCCACGGCAGAAGUGUUCUUGAAAGGAUAGUUUAUUUUUAGCCUUUUGGAUUUGGGCAUUUUUUUUGCCUCAACUAAACGUUUUGUACAUUGUCUGUUUUGUUGGUAUGUUUGCCAGGAUGUUCUGUUGGAAGUACUUUAAUUGUAAAUGGGGGGGGGGGUCAGAGACAGAUUUUGCUGCUUCGAGGUCUUUUUAUACAAACCAACAUGGUGGCAGACAUUUUGGUUUUGCUACUGAAAAGAAAUUCUUCAAGGGACAUAACGUUUUUGUAGUAAUUUGUAUAUUUUGUACAGUGUAAAAAUAAGAGUUGAGAAAAGGCUUUGGAUACUGUUUCCAUGUGUUUUGUAACAAUCUGAUCAGACCUGCGUAACGAAAGGGGCUCCGUUAUGUUUACGUUCAGUGUUGCUCACCGAAACUCGCCGUGUAUCCUCGAGGUCUAACAAAAGGUGUCGAGUGCAUUUCCUUCUACAUAAAACAUUUGCAAAGCCGAUUUUAAAUUUAAACUGCAUUGUUUACAUCCCAUGUUUACUAGGUUGCAGCCUUCUGCCCUGCCACGUAUUGAUCAGUGGAAUCGCAUUGGUAGGAAUUUAUAUUCUCGUGUGUGCGUACGAUACAAACUAAAUUGGGACCGUCUCGUAGAAAAACAGCCCUGUGGCCCUACUAGAGGUCUAAGACUCCACAGGGAACCUUUUAAGGAAGUACUUGAAGAGAGACUUCAACAAGGACACUGUAGAGCUGUCAUGUGACAUGUUGCCUGUUGUUGAUUGGAGGAUAAAAUAAGGCUGUGGAACCAUGUUUGAGUUCAGUCGUCAGGCCCUUUAGUUUAUGAUGGAGGAAUAAAAAAAAGUGUUUUCUCGCACAUUCCACUUUUUUGGACCUUGAAAAAUAAAAGUCUGUUUGGUACUGGCAA